AUGUCGAGGGCUGAGAAAUUCGAAGAUGAGAAGAGACGGAUCAUCCAAAGCUGCUUCACAAGGAAAGAUGGCGAUGGCACGUUGGCUGAAUCCUACAUAACACAUGUUCGCAUCACGGAAGAUGCUGCGUAUCCGUCUUCACCCCCUCCGCCCAAUUCCCCGCCCGACAACAAAAAGCCUCGAGCAAUAAUUGUUGCUGUGAGAAAGUCAGGUAGGGUGCGUGUGCAUAAGGCUAGAGAAAACAAUGAUGGUUCGUUUUCGAUUGGGAAAACGUGGAUGUUAGACGACCUGUCUGCGAUACAAUCGUUCAAUGCUUGGGUACCAUCGUCUCCAUUGGAACAACAGCAGAAACAAUGGGCCUCAAAUGUUGGCUUUGUGGUGACCAUUGGGAAGCCCUAUUACUGGCAGGCCAGGACAUCUAAGGAGAAGGAGUUCUUUAUCGGUAGUUUAGUGAAAAUCUACAAAAAAUAUACCGGGGGGAAGGUACCGGAGCUAAUGGGCUUCGAUGAUCUCGAGCGACAAUUUCUUGUGGGAAUGCCCCCUCCAGGCCCUAAACACCCUGGCCAAGGACCCCCGCGACCUGAUGUGGCACUUCCUCCUCCAGGCCCACCAUAUUCAUCCCAUGGUAGCCGGCCUCAGUCUCCUUACUCGAGUCGUGCGCCUAGCCGGGAUGGGCCUCGUCGGCUACCCUCUGAAGAGCAAUCCCUAAGAGCCCAACGAAGUCGGGAUCAGAUGGGUAGACCAUCUACUGCCCAGUCUGGUCAAUCUGGGAGAAGCAUCCCCCCACCGCCUGUACCGCCUCAGCACCCCCCGCCAGUUCCCCCUGACCAGCGAGACCAGCCACCUCCCCGCUCAACUGAGCGUCUUGCAUCUGAAAACCGAAUGCACAAGUCACCUGUAUCUCCCGAAUCGAGGGGCUUGGACAUUCCUACCAGUUUACUGGCCGCUUCGGCUUCGAAUCAGCGGGAUCGACCCAGUGGAGAGUCUGAACGUAACCUAGUUACACGCCCUGAGGUCCAGCCACCGCCGUUACGCGAUGGGAAAGGUGUGCCAGAGCCAAAGCUUCGCACUGAGGAUUUGGCUUUCAGCUCGCCUAAGCACAACAAAGACGGUUCCCGACCUACCACGGCACAAUCGGUUCCGAGUGAGAGUCCAAAUGCCAACCCAAGUCCAGCAGGCAACCCGGGGCCUAACCCAGCUUUCAAUGAAGGCAGUAUCAAGAAAUCCAGCCCCGAGGCUCCCUCGGAGUCUCACGACAAUAUCGCUCCCGAACACACUCCCGAUACGCAACCUGUCGAGAUACCACCUGCGCUGAAGCUGGCCACGUCAAACGCUGCCAACGCUCAGAUGACCGCCGAUGUUACCGAAACAAUAGCACCCGUAAGCAAGACGGAAUCGCAACCCAGCGAAUUGGUCCAAGAGGGUGGGCCGAUCUCUCCGCCAGCCAGUCCCCCUGAGGUACCCACAUCACCUGUUGAAAACGAGGCGGAUGCACAUCGCCCCGGCCUUGGGCCUAUGAUCAAGAAAAAGCAGAGCAAGGAAGUUGUCGGGGCAUUUCGCAAAGCCGCUACCACUUACGGCGCUUUCAAGCCGAGGCCUGGUGGUGCUGGUGAGAGACUAUUAGCAGCCGCAAGGAAACAAAAAGCUGAGGAAAGCAAUGGGCCCGAUGGAAUCACUGGAGUGGUGCCCGCGCCCUCACUUCGUACAGCCAUUGAACCUGUGGUAUCCCCCGAAACACCGGAUAAAGAGAUACCAGCCCUUCCAUCUCCAGCGAAGGAAGUGCCCUCUCCAGCCAAGUCUCCUAUACUGGAGCCACCAACAGUUGAAGUAACUCAGGCUGCCGCUGAAGAAACUACUGUUACGUCGGUGGAGACUCAGGAGGAACCGAGAGACACUUCGAGAGCUACCGUGAAAGUCGUUACGGACGAACGAGCGAGGUCUGUGUCUCCAUCUCCUGAUGGUCGACGCCGCAGACGCCACGAAGACAAUACCAUCAAAUACUGCCAGGCGCUUGGGAUCGAUCCCAGCAGCAUAAGUGGACGUGGUGCAGACUUUGACGACAUAUUGACUGAUCUUGGGUGGAAUGGACGCUUGAAUGAUGAGAAGAAAAUCGAAGAUCUUGAGGCGGAUAUCCGCCGUGAGAUCGGUCGUGUUGAGGCUACCAGCUGGCUAGGUAAUCUUGAGCAGCAAGAAGGAAAGAUCGAUCAGCUUGCCAAGUUGAUUGAUAAGACUAUCGAAGAGUGUGAAGAGCUGGAUAAUCUUCUAACUCUGUACUCGCAUGAACUCAAUACCCUUCAUGAUGAUGUAUCAUAUAUAGAAACGCAGUCUCAAGGUCUGCAAGUACAGACCGCCAACCAGAAACUACUCCAUAACGAGCUUCAAAAUCUGCUGAAAACUCUUUCUAUCUCCUCUGUUGACUUACGCUCCUUGAAAGAGGCCUCGCUCAGUAACCCUGACGGGCUAAAGGAUACUGAGACUGCAUUGUCAACGCUGUAUAAAGCUAUGUUGAUGAUUGAUUCUGAUAUAUGGCAGAAUAAGAGGCGAUUAGCCGAUGCGGCUGGGGAUCACGGCAGUGUGGGUGUGUAUGCUGAUACGGAAAUUGGCCAAAUGCGUGCGAUCAAGGAGAAGAAAGAGGAGUAUCGCUCACAGUCCCGGUUGUUCUUGCAGCGACUUAAGCAGUUUAUGGCUAUUGCUUACAAGGUUGCUGAACAAAAAAGGGUCGACACUGCUGCUAAUAGCACGAGAGAUCCUAUGAAACUCGACAGUCGAGCACGAGAAUACUUCCGCCGGGAGCUGUGGAUGUAUAAUGCCUUGAUGCUUUUCGCAAAGGAAGUCAGCAAUGCAGAGUGGCAUGGGCUUAUCAAUCUGUACGAACAACAGGCUAAACAACCUUACCAGAAUGAGUUUCGGGACAAUAGCCUUGCUUGGAAAAAGGCGUCGAGAAAGCCCACUGGAGAGGAGCACGAGCUUCUGUUCACACAUCAGGAGAAAGAAAAGGAAAAUGAAGGUAUCACACUGGCUGCCAGAAAGUUGACCGUGAAACGAGGAAAGACUAUGAGGGCUGCAGCGGGUCUACGGCUCCCUUCUGGUGACAAACAGCAUGGACGUCUGGAACCUUAUGAAGCGUUUGCAGGCGCUCUUCAUGAGACCUUGAGCAUGAUAUCAGAGGAGCAGAAUUUUCUAGUUCACUUUUUCCACCUAAGCUCACUGUCGCACGUCGAUUUCCCUGACCUCGUUGCAUCUGCUCACCCUGAGGAACGCCGGUUACCCGACUUUGGCGCCAAGCAGUUGCACGAUACCGAUCGAGGAAUGGCACGGAAGGUGGAACAGAUUAUGGACGAACUGUUUUCAUUCUGGCCGAACGAUAUGCAGAACCUUGUGGAUUUGUCCAUCCAGGUUGAUCCUCUACAAGGAAUAGGUAUCCUAUUUGCUUUGGAAAGGGCUGUUCUGGAUUUUGAAGACACCAACCAAGACUUCAUUGUUCAUUCACUCCAGAAACUCCAUUCCCGGUUGAUUGGUCUCUUUAAUCGCUUUGUGGACGAGCAGAUACGUGGAAUUGAAGACACCAAGGUUAAGGUGAACAAGCGCAGGGGGGUCAUCUCCUUCAUGCGCGUCUUUCCCCAUUUCUCCGCGGCUGUUGAAAAUAUGCUGUCACAGCCCGCACACGAGUUCUGUGAUAUUCGAAUCAGCGUUAAUGAAGCUUACAACCGCAUCAACCGGGCCAUGUGGGAGUCACUUAAAUUUAUCGCCAAAGAAGCUCCUGGUCAACCUCACGGCGCAGCGGCAACUUCGGGCGACCCAGAAGACAAGGAGGCACUGAACUAUCACAUACUUCUGAUCGAGAAUAUGAACCAUUACAUUGAGGAGGUAGAUGUUCGAGGCCUACCGGUGCUAGAAAAAUGGCGCGAGCGGGCUUACCAAGAUUACCAUGAACAUAUGAAGCUUUAUCUAGACUCUGUCAUUCACCGGCCACUGGGCAAGUUACUUGAGUUCGUGGAAUCAGCGGAAAGCUUAUUGGCGACCACAAGCAACCCGGCAGAUAUCUCGAGCCGCCCUAGCCAUUCGCGCUCGGUAGCGAAGAAAGUUUUAGCCAUGUACGAUGCGAAAGAAAUGCGGCGUGGUAUUGAGGCGCUCAAGAAACGGGUGGAGAAGCACUUUGGCGAUGCCGAUGACCCUGGACUCAGCCGUAGCCUUGUGUUGAAGGUGCUACGAGAAUGUGAGAGUCGGUAUGAGGGGGCGUAUGAUCGCACUCGACGCGUCCUCACUACGGUGUACGAAGGCCAACUAGACCUCGAAUGGCGUAUGGAGGAUGCAAUUACCAUGUUCAAGAAAUAA